AUGGGGAUUGAUUUCGUGUCGUCCGCACCUGCGCCAUCGCCGGAAUUCGAUACGUCUGCGAGCUCCCACGCUCGCGACAUUUCGCUACACGCGUCAACUCCGGAGGGGGCAGUGGACGCCGCGAAUUGCGCGCAGUCGAAGCGAUCAAAGUUCCUCGCGUUUGAAGCGCCAAAGCGCAUUUCGGAGAUGUUGGAGGUGGGCAAGCUGCUGACCGACGACCCCAUCGGCGGGUGGGAAAAGGCGUGGAAAACGUGCACGACGCCGUGGCUCCUGGGUGGCGUGAUGCCGGCUUUGGCGGCGCUCGUGGCAGCACCAGAGGGAUCGCCGCUUCACUUGCCGCCCUCCAUCCGCCGCGUGCUCGUCCCCGGCUGUGGCAAUGGCUACGACGUGGAGGCAUUGGCAUCGGGUGGCAGGGAGGCGACGGGUCUUGACAUCUCUGCAUCCGCUGUGGCGCAUGCAGAGAAGGUGGGCGCGAGAGGCAUGGGUGCGGCACGAGCGCACGCCCCUCAUCGGGUGGAGGGGGCGGGCAACAGGGCGGCCAUGGCGUUUGAGUGUGCCGACUUCUUUGAGUACCGCCCCGCACAGCCCUUCGACGCGAUCUUUGACCUCACAUUCUUCUGUGCGCUGCCGCCGUCGUUGCGCGGCAAGUGGGCUGCCAAGUCAGCAGAGCUGCUCGCACCACAGGGGGUGUUCUACACGCUCAUGUACCCCCUCGACGAUCACGAGGGCGGCCCACCUUAUGCUGUCUCCAAGGACAGCUAUGCGGAGGUGCUGGAGCCGCUGGGUUUCAUGGCAGAGGAUCUGCCGACAGUCAGUGUGCCGCCCAGAAAGGGCAAGGAGCAGCUGGCCAAGUGGGUGCGAGUGUCUGCAGCAUCCAAGGUGUGA